UUUUUGUUGCUUUUUUCAACUUUUUGUUGUUUUUUCUUUGAGGGCUAAAUUACUUUUUUUGCUAACUUUUUAUGUUGACCAAGCUGUAAUUGAGAAGAUUAUAUGAGACAUGCAAUAAUGCAAUAAAAGAUGCUUGACUUUUACGAUGAAAUAAUAGCAUGUGAAUAACAUGUCUGGCCCUAGAUGUGAUUCUUUUUUUCCAGCAUGGCCCUUCGUGGAAUUGAGUUUGACACUCCUGCUCUAGGGUUUUUCUUUUCUGAAUAAAACAAAUGCUAAACUCUGUAAUUUGAAUUUAAUGAAAAACACAUGAGGUGCUCAAACUGGGGCUACAGCAUCUUAUAAGCAGCAAAAUACAAAAUACCAGCCCUUCUAUAAAAUUCUUCAUCCACUGAUGUUAGGCCAGAGAGAGAAUCAGAGAUUUAAAGGGAGGAGGCUGGUUUGGGGAGGGGCUGAGAGAGGGAGAAAGAGUAGAAGAGGCGGACACUCAGCGGCAGCAGGUUUGUAAGAGCAGCAGAACGGAGGAGGAGGAGGAGGAAGAAGGAAGGAAGGAGGAGGAAUCGGAGCGAGAGAAACAGUGUGGCUGCAGUCAGGAGGGACACAAACACCGAGAGAGGAGGAGACAGAGAGAAGAGAAGCUGAUGGCAUGCUGUAUGUGGGGAGAGCAGAGUGCCGUAGCACUGCAGAGUGAUGCAGAGAGAUGGAGGAGAGAGAACGAGGGAGGGAUGGAGGGCCAGCAUUAUUCUCUACAGACAUGAGGAAGUUUCCUCCCCUCCUCACCUCACUGACCCAUGAAAGAAGCCAUGCCGGUUCUCACAGCAGGAGCGGGGCUACAUGAAACGUUGGCCCUGCUGACCUCUCAGCUGCGGCCCGAUGCCAAUCACAAAGAGGACAUGGUCUUCCUCAAAGAUGUCUUCAGUGAGAGGAGCUUGGGAUACCUCAUGAAGAUUCAUGAGAAGCUGAGACAGUAUGAGAGACAGAGUCCAACACCCGUCCUCCACAAUGCCUCUUUGCUGGCAGAGGAUGUGGCAGAGGAGCUGCAGAGCGGACCAAUGAGCACUGAGGAGAAGGAGCUGCUGCACCUGCUGACGUCACCACAUCUUAAGGCCGUUCUCUCGGUGCAUGACACCGUGGCACAGAAGAACUUUGAUCCUGUGCUGCCGCCACUGCCGGAUGACUUUGAGGACGAGCUGGAGGAAGAGUCCGUGAAGAUUGUCAGGCUAGUGAAGAAUAAGGAGCCUCUGGGAGCCACCAUAAGGCGGGAUGAAGCCACUGGGGUGGUGAUGGUGGCCCGGAUCAUGAGGGGAGGUGCAGCCGACCGAAGUGGUUUGGUCCAUGUAGGAGAUGAACUCAGGGAGGUCAACGGAGUCUCUGUGAUCCACAAGAGGCCUGAUGAGAUCAGUCAGCUGUUGUCCCAGUCCCAGGGCUCCAUCACUCUAAAGAUAAUCCCUGCCAUUAAGGAGGAGGACCGACUGAAGGACAGCAAGGUGUACAUGAGAGCCUUGUUUGACUACAUCCCAUUGGAAGACAAAGCGACGCCUUGCCAAGAAGCGGGACUUCCCUUUAAGCGGGGAGACAUCCUGCAGGUUGUGACCCAAGAUGACCACACAUGGUGGCAGGCCAAGCGUGUAGGAGACAGCAACCUGCGGGCGGGACUCAUCCCAUCCAAACAGUUCCAGGAGAGGCGACUGGCCUACAGGAUGAAAAUGGGCACACUCCCGAAUCCAAAAUCCCCUAAAAAGCCUGUCUAUGACCAAGGAUGUGAUAAAGAGGACUGUGACUGUGAGGGCUAUUUCAAUGGACAGUACAUAGCUGGUUUACGGAGGAGUUUCCGGCUGAGUCGUAAGGACAGGCAAGGAUCCUCCGGAGAGGGCUCUGAUCCUGGAGACAGCGACUUCCUGACCUAUGAAGAGGUGACCCGCUACCAGCAGAGGCCCAAUGAGAGGCCCCGUCUGGUGGUUCUGAUCGGAUCUCUCGGAGCACGCAUCAAUGAACUCAAACAGCGGGUGAUUGCUGAGAACACCCAUCGUUUUGCAGUGGCAGUACCACAUACCACCAGGCCCAAGAAGUCUCAUGAGAAGGAGGGUGUUGAGUAUCACUUUGUCACCAAACAGCAAUUUGAUGCAGAUGCUUUAAACAACAAGUUUAUAGAGCACGGGGAAUACAAGGAGAACCAGUAUGGCACAAGUAUAGAGGCUAUCCGCUCUGUACAGGCAAAGAACAAGAUGUGUGUAGUGGACGUGCAGCCUGAGGCCCUGAAGAGGCUGCGGACAGCAGAGUUCAAGCCGUAUGUAAUAUUCGUCAAACCUCGUGUUCCUGAGAGCAGACGUCGCCGCAGCGCUGCCACUUCACCAGGAGGGGGAGAGCAUGGCCGCAUUACGGACGAAGACCUCCAAGAGAUGCGUCAGUCUGCCAUUCAGAUCGACCAGCAGUAUGGACACCUGGUGGACCGGGUCCUGAUCAAGGAGGACUCAGCCAGUGCCUGUGCAGAACUGCGAGGUAUCUUGGAAAGGCUGGAGCGAGAGUCCUUCUGGGUGCCUAUCAGCUGGGUGCGGACUUAAACUUACCCAUCCUGCAGCUUCCCGAAGAACUUCACAGCCAACCCACCCAAAUCCUUCCCCAGUCAUCUCCUAAUGAGCUGAUCCCCUUCCCCCCCAAAAAGGCCUGCUGGCCAGCCUGGGAGUCUGCUGGACUCCCUCUGACUGGCUGAUGCAGGGCUGGCCAGACUGAGGCACUAAAGGGAGAGGAUGAUGUCAGAGGAAUACCUUUGUUGUCUUGUUGGUGUUGCAGCAGAUCGACAGCUCUCUUGGCCCUUUCUGUCACUUCAAGUCAUAUUUAUUCAGGUUUGGUUUUAAUUUAUUUAUUGACUUCAAAGACAACAGACCGAUAAAUUUGAAGUUUAAGAAGUGUUUUAUUCCUUACAGGGUCACUCUUUCUAGCUGCGUGGCAGGUUUGGGAUCAUGCUCAGAGGAUUGCUCAGUCAGUCUUUAUUGUGACUCUUGUUGGAGUAACUUUAGUAGCAUGGUUUUUUAGGUUCACAGUUUUAUUCAACUCAUUGCCAAUCACAGAAUGCUUCCUGUUCAUUCUUACUGUUCAUGCAUCCUGUACAGUAUAAGAACCAGUCAUACAUUCAGCAGAACAGGAGGAAUUGAUAUAUAAAGUUAAGUGAAUGCCAUUUGAAACUAAUGUAUUCUUUUUCCUAAAUAUAAUUUCCACACAUGGACAGAAACAAAUAUUAUAUACAAAUGGAAUGUGGAAUGUGAGAUUAUUUUCUACAAAACUGUUUUUAGGAAACGCAUGAAAACUGAUUAUUUAAUCUCCGAUGUAAAUAUUGUAAAUGUUAACUCCUCGUGUGCCAAUGAAAGAUCUUGUAGCACUUCAAUGCAACCUGUUUACCGUCAUUUCCUGGGAACCCACAUCUGUUUGUGUGUAGAAGUGUGGAUGAAUGUCAGUGUAUGUUCACCUAAAACCUUUUACGUACAGGAAUGGGUUUUGUACAGUUUCCUAUUUUUGACCGCAGAAGUAGUAGUGGGUACUAGAUGUCUGUUUUGCUUUAUUUAUGUCGGACCGGAGAACAGCGUGAAGAUGGUAGACGUCAUAUUCACAGAUUACAAAUUACAAUUGAAACAAUUCGUUGAUAAAUCGGUCAAACAAAAAUUAAUCUGCAACAUCAGAAAAUAUUUUGACAAUGGAUUAUUUUAAUUAAAAUAAAACAAGCAAUUUCAAUUUGAAGACAUCACAUUGUGUUUAAAGAUUGUAACAGACAUUUCUAACUGUUUGACAUUUCAUAGAAAGAACAUUGGCAGAUAAAUUAAGUAAUAAAACAAUAUGUAUAUGUAUGUCAAUUGACAGAGAUCUUGGUCAUUAUAAUUCUUCUUUCUACUAGUUCCCUAAAAAAACAUCCCUAAAAACAAAUUGAAUAAAAUAGAUGGGGGACAAAAUACACUCCUCAUUCUGUGUAAAAAUGCAUUCAAAAGUUUAGUCAACUUUGUCAAUUAUGCCAUAUGUACACAUAUAGAUUGAAAUGCUGUUCCUUCAAGUAUGGAAAAACAAACAAGGGGUUUAUACUAAAAAUAUUUUAUUAGAUGGGUUUGUACCAAUUAGUCUUUUUGUUACCAUCCCACUGCUGUAGCUCAGCAAGGUGUGGUCAAACAAAAAGAUGGAAGUUUGUACCAAAAAAACACAUAAGACAUAAGAGAAUAAUUCUUCUAACUCCGACUGUUGAAGCCUGAACUUAAGAAGUAAUUUCAAACAAUAGAAGUAAUUUUAAACAGAACAAGGAUUUUAUCCCCUAUUACUGAAAUCCCUUUUCACAGCCAGCAUGGAUAGGAGAAAUUACCGAGACCAAGGUACAUAUUGGCAUGAGUACCAUAUCAAGAUAGGUUCACCUAUCCUUUAAUGACACAAAACCAAUUAUCUAUAUUGCUUGACUAUCACUUCUACGCUGAUUUUUUUUCUUGUGUGUGGUUAAAAAAAUAAAACAUCUUCCAGAUCCCCUGUGUUCUUUUAAACAUGCACUGUUCUCUUGUCUCUUCAUGUUCUGUAUGAGCCCAGAAUGUUGAGUUUGUAAUGUGACCUGUACAAAGUGCCAUAAUAAAAG